AUUGUUAUUGAUCGCAAAACACGCGCGAAGGAAAUUAAGUUGCUAACGUGAGUGUGUGAGGAAGGAGACAAACUUUCACUACUGUUGAUGCACGGAGCAGUUGUAUUGGAUUUUGAGGUCGGGGUUGGUGAGGUCCCCCCGACUUUCCCAGUUGGAAAUCCGACUUCCAGUGGAAAAUUCCUUCUGAGAACUUUAAAAUUCCGAUUUUCCUAAUACAAAUGGAACGCACCAUAUCAGACAGCGAUUCAGAGGAAGAGCCCAAGCUCCCUCUGAAUCAAUUCUACCCCUAUAUCCGCUGUGCCCUUUGCUGUGGCUUCUUCAUUGAUGCCACCACCAUCACUGAGUGCCUCCACACAUUUUGCAAAAGCUGCAUCGUGAAGCACUUUUUCUACAGCAACAGGUGUCCCACAUGCAGCAUUGUGGUCCACCAGACACAACCACUUUACAACAUCAGGCCUGACAGACAGCUGCAGGAUAUUGUUUACAAAAUGGUUCCCUUCCUGGAGGAGUUGGAAAGAGAACAAAUGUGUAACUUCUACAAAGAGAGAGGGAUGGAGGUGCCAAAACCAGUGGUGGUCUCCCCUUCAGGUCCUCCUGUGUUAAAGAGGCAGAAGAAGGACAACAUUCCUCAGUCUGUGUUCGCCAUUCCUCCUGAGCUGGAUGUAUCUCUGUUGUUAGAGUUUGUUGGGGCUGAAGAGGGCAUCAAUAACUACAAGCCAUUAGAGAGGCGGUACGUCCGUGUGUCCGGUGAGGCCACUGUCCGCCACGUGGAGCUGUUCAUCAGGAGGAAGAUGGAGCUGAGCUCAACCUGUCAGGUCGAUGUGGUUUGUGGAGAUCACCUCCUAGAUCACUACCAGUCACUCAAAGACAUACAGAACUCUGUAGGUGAAGAGGCACUACAGGAUGGUCUGUUGGUGCUGCACUUUGGCCUGGUCCUGCCCUCACAGUCAUGAGCGCAAGAGGUGGAUGUCGUUAACUCCAAAGGGGAUGACCGUUAUUUUUGUAUUGUGUUUCUCUUCAUUGGACUCAUAAUGUGGAGUAACAUUUUCUACAUUGGCAUUAAAAGUGCUCCACAGCUGUUUUGGAUGUGUUGUCGCUGGAUUGUUUCUAUCUGCUUACAUUUGAUACGAGUUCAAACUGUUCACAAUGUAGCAUCAGAUUUCCAGCUCCCAACAUCACUGUCUUAUAUUCAGGGCGACCCGUGUGUCUUGCUGGACACAGGUGACAUACAUAUGAAUUUUACUUGAGUGGAAAUGACAAAUACCUAGUCUUAGUGCCAAGAUGUCUUCUUAGGUGUUCAUUGUGCUUCCACUGCACACAAGACUGUGACUGCUGCUGUAGCUAAAACUGAGCUAAACCACUGUAUGUAGGGCUGAAACUUAAAUGACUCUGUGAAGCUGCAUCAGUCUAGUGGACCUAUCUUUUUGGAAACUAGCAACUGGUAUCUUAAUUUUUUGUAUUUAUGAUCUCAAAGGCUAAGUGUGAUUUCAGUUGUGAUUUAAAGGGCUUCAAACAAAUGUACUACCAAAGGGGUGUGUGUGUGUGUGUGUGUGUGUGUGUGUGUGUGUGUGUGUGUGUGUGUGUGUGUGUGUGUGUGUGUGUGUGUGUGUGUGUUUUGUGGAGCGUAGAUCUACACUUGCAUUUUUAAUUACAGCUUGCUUCUUGUUGAUUUACACAUUUAAUUUAAGAGCUUUUGUAUAGAUUGUCUGUUGAUGCAAAUUUAUGAGUUUGACUUGAUUAAACCUGCUUUCAGUUCAGCUCAGCAGAGCACAAAGCAGUUAUUUAACUGGGGUUUGUAUCAAAGUCUUUUGAUAGGGUUUGUAAAAAAUAGCAUUCCUACUGCUUUGUCAGAAUUAAUAAAUGACUGCCCAACUGA